CUGGUGGUUAGAUUUGACUUUGGCCAAGGCAAAUUUGCCUUGACGCAGUUCACGUGCUUGCGAGUCUGUGUAUUGUGAACUUCUUUCCCGGAUUUCGCUUCUCGUGCCUUUUUCUCUCCACCACCAGCACCACCACCGACACAGCGCGUCAUGUUUGAGAAGCGGAUCGUCAUCGACGCCCGCGGGCACCUUCUCGGUCGCCUUGCAUCCAUCGUGGCCAAGGAGAUCCUCAGCGGCCAGCACGUUGUUGUUGUUCGUUGCGAGCAGAUCAACAUCUCUGGCUCCUUCUACAGGAACAAGCUGAAGUACAAGGAGUUCCUCCGCAAGCGCUGCAACGUGAACCCUGCCCGUGGUCCCUUCCACCUUCGCGCUCCCUCCCGCAUCUUCUGGCGUGUGGUGCGCGGUAUGCUCCCGCACAAGAAGGCAAAGGGUGCCGCCGCCCUCGGCCGCCUCAAAUGCUUCGAGGGUGUCCCCCCUCCCUAUGACAAGGUGAAGCGCGUUGUCGUCCCCGGUGCCCUCCGCGUCCUCCGCCUCCGUCCCGACCGCAAGUUCUGCACUGUUGGUCGUCUGUCACACGAGAUGGGCUGGAAGUACAAGGACAUCGUUGAGAAGCUCGAGGCCAAGCGCAGCAUGCGCGCCAAAGAGUACUACACCGCAAAGAAGAAGGCCGUGGCGGCACGCGCCAAGGUGAUGCAGUCGGAGGCUGUUGCAAAGUGCAACGCGACGCUUGCCAAGCUCGGCUACUAAGCGCUCAAGCCUUUAUGUGUUCUGGUGUAUGGUCUCUUUCCUUCUCUUCCUUGAUGCGUUUGCGCUGCACCGCCGCGAAGAAGAUAUGCUUGCUGGCGGUGGGUGUCGAGUAAACCGAACAAGAAGCAG